AUGUCGUCGACUGCUCACAGUGCUUACGUGACUGAUAAUAGUUAUAGAAAUAUUAUCGCUCGGGGUUACGUAAAAAAAAAGCCAACUUGUAUUAUUGAUUACAAUUAUAAUAUGGGUGCUGUCAACAAAAUAGAUAUAACUUCAAGUUCAAUAAACUAAAAUCUACGAAAAUCAAUACGGUGGUACAUAAAAUAUUUUUUUCAUCUAACAGAUCUUUCAGUAUAUAACGUUUACAUCAUUUAUAAAAAAAAUCAC